AUGUCCUGGAAAGACUCCAACAGCCACAGACGCAUUCUCCGCGACGCCGAAACCGGCCGCUACGGCGUCAUUGCCGCCAUCGCUUACAACAUCGAACAAGUGCUGGGCCUAGUUCGAGCAGCAGAGACAGCUCGCUCCCCACUCAUCAUCCAAUUCUUUCCCUGGGCCAUCGAAGCCACCGAUGGCUUGUUGGUGCGGACUGCUGCGGACGCUGCCAAACGCGCAAGCGUGCCCAUCAGCAUCCACCUCGACCACGCGCAGUCAGAAGCGAUCAUCAAGCGAGCAGCAGAGCUGCCAUUUGACAGUAUCAUGGUCGACAUGUCACACUAUGAGAAAGAAGUCAACUUGAAGAAGACCCGGGAGCUUGUCAAAUAUUGCAACGAGCGCCACAAGGCUACCGAGGCCGAGCCGGGUCGUAUUGAAGGAGGCGAAGAUGGGGUGAUGGAUACUGCCGGACUGGAGGCAUGCAUGACGACGGCCGAGGAAGUGGAUGAGUUUGUCGACACCGGUGUUGACGUGCUGGCCCCUGCUUUUGGCAAUGUCCACGGAGAAUAUGGCGCGCGCGGCCCACAGCUGGAUUUCGAAAGGUUUGAAAAGGUUCGUGUCCAGGCAAAUGGCAGAAUUCAUCUGGUCUUGCACGGCACCAAUGGGUUUGCGCCAGAGAUGAUGAAACGCUGCGUGGCUGCUGGGGUCACCAAGAUCAAUGUGAACCGGUUGGUGUUAGAUGAUUAUUACGAGCACCUUCGGGCAAACGUCGACAAAAUGCCGCAUACCCAGCUGAUCGAGGAAGGUAUUCAGAAGGUGGCAGGUCUAACCAUCAGGUGGAUGGAGAUCUGUGGGUCUGCAGGCAAGGCAUGA